AUGUCCUGCCGCGUUGCACCUCCGAAGAAGGACGACGCCCUCGCUCUGUGCGUGGCGGUGUUGGCCUGCAGGGAGGAGUUCCCGAAGAAGGAAGACUGGCUCCGCUCCCUGGCCUCGGCGACGGACUCCUCGCAGCAGCUCCGUAACUUCCUGAACAGGAGCGUCGCCUACGAGCAAUACAAGCCUGCCGCGGCCGAGUGGGAGAGCCGCGCGACGCAGGUGGACGCGGUGAACCUCCUGGAGACGCGGAAGCUGAACCGCGAGGAGCUGGACAAGACGACGGUCCUGAACCUGAAGACAGCGGCGCGUGUGGACGGGAGGUCCCUGCACCGCCGCGCGUUCUGCGCCGUGGUCUCCUUGCUGAACGGCGCGGCUGUGGCUGAGCACUUGGAGGCGAGCACGCGCGGCAAGAAGAACGUGAAGGCCAGCGAGAUCAUCCGCUUGGCGGAAGAGGUUCCUGCGGAGAACUGCUUCACGAACGCGUUCGACGCGCGCGCGCACUCCUUGCCGGCGGACAAGAAGGAGGAGCGGAAGGACAGCCGCCCGCGGCAGAUCCUUCUCACGGAGACGGCGGACGCGGUUCACCUGAAGGAGGCGGGCUGGAAGAAGCGGGCGUGCAUCCGCCGCGCCGUGCGCUACGGGGGCCUCCUGGGAAAGAACGCGGUAGCCCUCCCGACGCUGGCCGUUCCCGACGGCGGCUGCAAGAAGGAGCAAGGGUGCCUGCCUGGCCCCGGGGCUCGCAGCGGCUACAGCUUCCUGAUUCACGCGGCCAAGUCCCCGGCGGAGAAGGAGUUCUGGAGACGGCUGGCGGCGCGGUUGGAGCUCUGGCGGGACGGGCGCCAGCAGGACGACCUCCGGCUGCAGUUUCGGCUCUGCGAGAUGAGCAAGAUCGCCGGGAUCGUGCGCCGCAAUGCCGGCAGGAGGCGCGGGGGCCCGGUCGCGGACGCAGCGGGGGCGGACUUGAUGGAGCAGGACGAGCCCCUGGCGGGCGCGGGCGCGGAGAGCGACAGCGAGGGCGGGGGCGCGAAGGCGAGGGCGACGAAGACGCUGGCCGAGCUGAAGCUCUCUUUGGUCGACGAGGAGGCGCGGAUCGGCGACGACCCAGCCAGCGAGGGGCCUCCCGUGAAGCGGGCAAAGCGCUGA